AUGAUGCUUCGCUCUUCGCGACAACUUUUGCGCCUUGCUCCGCGCUCGGCGACAGCUCCAGCUGCGGCUCCUUCCACACUUUUCUCCACGGGAGCUUCAUCCGGGGCCCUGAGGAGCUCCAAGAGACCAUCAUUGGCCCUCCAAGCAGCUCGCCUUACUCCCUUGUCUCUCCAAGCACAUUACACAAACUCUCCAUACGACAAGAUCGAUAAGAAAGCCGAGAAGGAGAUCGCCCAAAAGAAGCUCGAAGCACGCCCGGAAGAGGUCUCUACCGAGUCGACUACGAGGCACUUCUGGGAGCCUGCGCCUGCUAAUCCCGAGAAUGACGCGAAUCUCGCGGGAGGUCUGAAGAAAGAAGUGAACAUUGUCCGGGAUACAUUCAACCUCAGCGAGGUUCCGAGGGAGCCCUACGCUCUUGGCCUCGCGGGUACCCUUCCCUACCUUGCGACGUCCCUGAGCACAGUCUACCUCAGCUGGGAUCUCAAUGUCGAAUGGCCAUCAACCUCGGCCUUUGUCAACCACAUUUACAUGAACCAUGAUUCGGCGCAGUACUGGCUGAGCCUGCUGGAGCCCAUUCAGCUCGGAUACGGCGCAGUUAUCAUCUCCUUCUUGGGAGCCGUGCACUGGGGCAUGGAAUACGCCGAGAAGACGCCACACCCCCGCCGAACACGGUUCCGUUAUGGAAUGGGAGUUCUCGCGCCCAUGAUCGCCUGGCCCUCUCUUCUAAUGCCCGUCGAGUACGCUCUCACGUCACAGUUUGCUGCCUUCACCUUCCUCUACCUCGCAGAUACUCGUGCCAAAAACAAGGGCUGGACCCCUCAAUGGUACGGAGUGUACCGCUUCGUCUUGACUGCAAUCGUUGGCGCGUCCAUCUUCGUCAGCUUGGUAGGCCGUAGCAAGAUUGGCAACGCGCAGCCCCACAUCGGCGAAUCCUUGGCCGAGAGUAUGCACAGGGCCAAGGGCGAUCAGUCCCGAGACUGGGAAAAGCUCGAGCAAGAAGAGAAGGAGCGGGUGAGGAAGGAGAAGGAGGAAGCGGAGAGGAAGAAGAAGGCCGAGGAGAAGAAGCGCAAGGAGGAAGAAAAGAAGAGCACCAAGAAGGGCGACUCUAAGGGUAAGGAUAAGAAGGAAGAAAAGGGCACCGACAAGAAGGAAGGCAAGAAGGAGGACAAGGAGGAGGGCAAGGAGGAGGACACGGAGGAGAGCAACGAGGAAGAGAAGCAUGCCGACAAGUCCGAGUCUGAGUCUGGAGCCAAGGACGAAGGCAAGGAGAGCAAGGAGAAGAAGGAGUGA